AUGGCCAGAUCUAGUAAAGCGACUUUAGCGUUGCUCCUCUACGGAAUCAUAAUGCACUACAGCGCCUACUGCACGCCUAUUGGGCUCACUUAUCCCAAGAUUAGACUUGAAAAUGAUGUGUAUGACGAAGACGGAAACUCGUUAAGCGAUAUGGCAUUUGACGCUGAUCAAAUUGCUAUACGAAGUCCCCCAUCUCUAACGGACGACAUAUACACGCUCUACUAUCCAGAAAAAAGAGCGGAAAGGAAUGCAGAUGGAUUAUUAGAUAGAGCCUUGAGGGACAUCCUGGUUCAGUUAUCAGCACGAAAAUAUCUGCAUUCUCUGAUGGCAGUUCGUGUAGGCGGGGGAACCAGUAUGGAAGAUGAUUCAGAGCCAUUAUCAAAGAGGCAUUCGGACGGGAUCUUCACCGACAGUUACAGUCGCUAUCGAAAACAGAUGGCCGUCAAGAAAUAUCUUGCAGCGGUCCUUGGAAGAAGGUACAGACAGAGAUUUAGAAACAAAGGACGCCGAUUUUCCUAUUUGUAG